AUGACUUACGCUACGAAGGACGAUAGCUUCGAUGCGGACAUGUUUCACCUGUCAUCGAAAACUAAGAGCGCACAUUAUCCACCAAAUGGCGACCUGUUGUCCUCUGGUGAGAAGAAGUCCAAGUUAUUUUGGAAACGUCAUGAACAAGAGAGAGAGGAGUUACAGCGCGCCCUUCGAUUCCAGGAGUCGAAGAUGCUGAAACAAGAGAGGCGCUUUGAUCAGGAGUUGAAGAAGGAAAGACAACGGGCGGAGAGACUAAAAGAGGAGCUUGAUGAACAGAUAGCUACGGAAGAACGGCAGAAACAAGAAGACGAAGAGAAUCGCCGGUUUCAAAUAGAAAUGGAGAAACAACGAGAGCGUGAACUUGAACUAAAGCGCAUGGGCACAUCUCCAACAGCCUUGCUUCACCUUCGCGAGCUUGUUCGCUCUAGGUAUGAAUUGGAUAUGGAGAUAUGGCGCAUGCGCGACACUCGUCGAGCAAACCGUAAAGUCCUGGAGGAAAAAAUGCAUCGCGCCGAUGUACUGCUGAGGGAGAUCCAGGCUACAGUCAGUAGCUGGAAGAUGGAUCGAGAGGUUUGGGAAGAAGACGAGCUGGACAUGGCUAAAGAGAUUCAGAGUAGACUGAUGGAAGAUGGCAAGAGGAACUGGGCACUUAACCCACCGUGGAAGACCUAG